AUGGCGGUCCCUAACGGAGUUGCCGCUGGCCUGGUGCUGGUCGUCCUGCUGGCCUGGAUGGAGAGCAGCGGGGGCGCGACGGUAGUAGGAAGCAAGACGAUCGUGAACGUGGGCGGCGUGGGCAGCUACGACGAGGUCUACGGCAUGCCGUGCUCCGGCCAGGCGGCGUGCUUGAAGCGCCCGCGGGCCGUGGGGGGCUGCCUGGCGCCCUUCGACGAGGAGCAGACCCUCAAGCUGCGGGGGCCCAUGGAGGUGUACAACAUCGGCGUGUACUACCCCGGGGCCGGGGGCGUGUGGGACAGGGUUUCGUUCUACGACCGCUCUGGCGGCAUGGAUAACAUGGUUUUCCUGGCCGACUACGGGCGGGCCCUCGACGGCACCACGGUGGACGAGGGGUCCUGCUGGAGCGGGAGCGGCGACUGGAAGCUCAUCAUCAACGGCGACGACUUCCUGUGCAACGGCUACAACCAGUCGUACGUCAGCCGCGACGGCAAGUGCGCGCGCCGCACGCCCGAGGCCUUUGACGGGAUCCUGGACGACGGCGUGCAGGUGAACGUGAUGCAGGCGGCCAAGUGCGGCGGCGACGAGUGCGGGUUCUACCGCGGGCAGGGGCACCACGGGUGGGCGGGGCCGGCCGGCGGGGCCAAGCUGUUCGCCGUGCGGGCGAGGUUCCCGGAGGGCGAGGGCGCCAACGCGCCCGCGCUGUGGUUCCUGCACGCCAGCGUUGUGCGCACGGCCAACUACCACCCGCAGGUGUGCAACUGCAGGGGAAUGGGCGCGGCGGGGGGGUGCGGCGAGCUGGACAUAGCCGAGGUGGUGGAGGAGCAGGACCGGAAGCAGGACGUGGACACGACGGUGUACUCGUUCAAGGGGGCGUUCAGCGACCAGGGCGCGUACACGUUCCAGAGGCCCGUCCAGCGGGAGGCCGUGUUCGUGACGAUAUUCAACCCGGAGGGAUACAUACAGGUCCUGCAGAUGGACGGCUUUGACUUUGGGGCGUCCAUACCGGCGUCCAUGGUGCAGAACUGGAACGGCAGGAGGGAGCUGGUCAUAAAGCUCCCCGGGGAGGAGAUGGGCGGCUGCGCCGCGCCUCGCUGCUCCUAUAUCUACGAAUCGGGCAAUGCGGGCUUCGCCUCUAGGAUUAAAGAUGGAGUGCAGUGUUCUGGAGGCGUCAGCGACGUCCCUGAUGCUUCGACCCUGGAAAAGUCAGCUCCCUCCGGGAUGCCAGCAUCGCCGCAAGAAUUGCACCCAAACACGGACAAGCAGAGUUAUCCCCGGCCGAAUGCGGACAGCCUGGGGCAGCAGCAACCCGGCCAUGUGUACUCGCGGCCCAGUCCGGGCAGUCAUGGUUCCUGGCGGCCAAGUCCAGAGGAUCAAGACGCCCCGGAAUCAGGCACGAGCUACCAGGGAAUUCCGCAACCGAGUACAGAGAGUCAGGGCAGUCCCCAGCCAACUGAAGACAACCAGGGCAACGGUCAAUCAAGCACUGAUUAUCAGGCCUACCAUGGGCCAAGCACCGGAUCCCGCGGCUACUCCAGGCCAAGCACCGGCCAUCAUGGCUACUCCCAACCACGCAAUGAUAGGCAGGGCUACUAUCAGCAAUAUGGCAGCUCUCCACCGACGGGAAGCACAGGCGAAGCUGACUCAUACAGCCAAGAGGGCCCCAGCACAGAGAACACAGGCUCACAGGGGCCAGCAGUCAGUGCAGAGAGCUAUUCCGACCCAUCCUCACCCUACCCAUGGUCACAACCGCCUGAGGAAAGUAUCUACCCAGUUGGCGUUCGGCCACAUGGAGAGCAGGUGGCUCAGGGAGGCACACCUGAAGAUCAGUACUACCUUGGGGACCCAGAUAGGCAGGGUUGGGGUGCAGUGGUGACCACAGGCUCCAGUGACCCCUAUGCAGAAGUCAGCUACAAAACAAGCGAACAAUACUUCUCGUGGGGGGGGCGCCGGCGUUUGACCCUGAGUGGCGGGGCCCAGGGAGGCAGCUUCUCAUCAGGGUCAAGGAAUAAUCCCCAUCGCGAUGCAUUCAAAGGGGAGCAGUCUAGCUAG